AUGGAACAAACAGGAGAGGACAUCGCUGUUGUAGGAAUUGGAUGCAAUUUCCCGGGAGGUGAAGGAAUAGACAACUUUUGGAAGGUCCUUCUGGAGGGGAAAAACUGUGCAGUGGAGAUACCUUCAGAAAGAUUCAACAGCACAUUGUGGUACGAUCCAGAUGACAGCAUGCCAGGGAAAUCCCACACAGCGAAAGCAGCUCUCAUUGAUGGGUUCAAUGAGUUUGAUCACAGGCUGUUUGGCAUUCCUGAAGCAGAGGCAGAUCGUAUGGAUCCGCAGCAAAAGCUUCUCCUGCAAUGUACCUAUCGAGCUCUGGAGGAUGCUGGGAUGCCAAUGGAAAAGGCCAGUGGAACCAGAACAGGGGUUUUCAUUGGCCUGAUGAAUCGGGAUUAUGAAAUGAUUCUGAAUAUGUCUACCAAUACAAUAAACCAUUACAAUGGCACUGGGACAGCGAUGAGCAUAGCUGCCAAUAGGAUUUCCUACUGUUUCAACUUUACUGGACCUUCGUUGGCAAUUGACAGUGCUUGCUCCUCAUCCCUGGUUGCUCUUCAUUAUGCCUGUCAAGCAAUUAAGCAAGGGGACUGUGAGAUGGCAAUUUGUGGAGGGGUCAGUUGCAUCAUUGAACCAAGAGUUUUUGUUGCUCUCAGCAAAGCAAAAAUGAUAUCUCCUGAAGGAACCAGCAAACCUUUUUCCAACAAGGCUGAUGGCUAUGGAAGAGGAGAAGGGUGUGGAAUUGUCUUGCUAAAGCCAUUAGCAAAGGCACAGAAGGAUUUUGACCAUGUCUGGGGAAUCAUAGCAAGCAGUGCUGUAAAUCAGGAUGGCAGAGCAGUCACUCCAAUCACCAAACCAUCAAUGGCCCAACAGGAAGAACUUCUGCACAGGAUUUACUCCACACAUGUUGACCCAUCACAUGUACAGUAUGUAGAGGCUCAUGGGACUGGAACUCCUGUAGGGGAUCCUACAGAAGCAGGCAGCAUCUCUAAUGCCAUUGCAAAAGCCCGGCCUCCAGGAUCACCAGCUCUUCUAAUAGGCUCUGUGAAAGGUAACAUUGGUCACACUGAAUCUGCAGCAGGGGUCGCAGGGUUGAUCAAGGUCCUAUUGAUGAUGCACCAUGAAACAAUUGCUCCCUCUUUAUACUAUUCUGAAGACAAUUCCAGCAUCAAUGCUAAAUCUCUCAGGCUUAAAAUUCCAACCACAGCAGAAAAGUGGGAAAAGUCUGGACCACUUGGAAGAGCUGCAGGUGUUAAUAACUUUGGAUUUGGGGGAACCAAUGCACAUGUUGUUGUCAGGCAAUACAAACAAUCACAAGUUCUGAAUUCAGAAACACAAAAGCCACUUGAAAUAGUUGUGCUGUCUGCAACCUCCGAAAAAUCAAUGAAAAUGAUGAUGGAAGACACAGCCCAACAGAUUAGCAAACAUGAUGCAAUAAAGCUACAUGAUCUGGCUUAUACCUCUGCAUGCAGGAGAAGUCACACAAGGCACAAAUACAGAAAAACAUGUAUUGCGUCAUCUCUUAGUCAUUUAAAACAACAACUUGAAAUGAGUUAUAAACCAAUAGUGGUAAAGCCAGACACGCAACUGGCGUUUGUAUUCUGUGGAAACGGGGUCACCUACAGAGGCAUGUGCAAACAGCUCUUAAAAGAUGAACCAGUGUUUAGAGAAAAAGUGAAAGAGAUAGAGAGCAUGUUCCAAUUUUACACCUCUAUUUGUCUCUUGGAGAGAUUAGAAAAUGAAUAUGAAUAUGAUGACUUUUCAAGGCCUGACAUUGUCCAGCCACUGCUCUUUACCAUUCAGGUGGCAAUUGCCAGCCUUUUAAAGCACUGGGGUAUAAAACCAGAUGCUAUAGUUGGGCAUUCUGUGGGUGAGGUUGCUGCUGCACAUUGCUCUGGAUUGCUGUCCCUUCAUGAUGCUGUCAAGGUCAUUUAUUUCCGCAGUACUUUGCAGUCCAAGGUCACUGGAGGGAAAAUGCUUGUUGUUGGAAACAUACCCGUGUCAGAAGUGGCACCGUUUCUUCCUGCUUAUUCAGGGAAAGCUUGCAUUGCUGCCUACAAUAGCCCCCAGUCAUGCACGUUGUCAGGCGAGUCUGAAGCUAUAGAUGGUCUUCAUCAGAAACUGUCAACAUCAUUCAAGAACCUAUUCCUUCAUGUUCUAGAUGUCCCAGCUGCAUACCACAGUCACAUGAUGGAGCCCAUUUUGAACCCUAUACAGGACAGCAUAGGCCUCUUACAAAAAAGGGAAAUGGAAGUAGAGUUGUUUUCUUCAGUAACAGGGCAUUUAGCUACUGAAGGAGAUUUUACCACAGGCCAGUACUGGGCCAAGAACAUUGGAGAACCAGUUGCGUUUGAACAGGCAGUGAAAUCAGCAGUGGCUGGGAAGAAACAUGUUGUUUUUGUAGAGAUAGGUCCAAGAAGGGCCCUGCAAAGGAAUAUUAUGGAGAUUGUAGGGAAUGGGACUCCAGUGUUUCCAUCUGUGCAGCCUGACAAAGACUAUGAGACUCUACUUACCGUUGUGUCAAAGGCAUUUGAGUUUGGGUUGAAAGUAAAUUGGGAACAAUUUUAUAAAGCAUAUGAGUCUCUACCUACACCCUGCCCAAGGUAUCAGUUUGACAGUAUCAAGAACGAGAUGCAUUUGGAGUUAGCAUAUCAGGGCAAUGAAAGCAUGGCAAGUUCUCAUCAUCCAGUGAUAAGCAAUGCAAGAAAUGAUAGAAAGGAAUUCACCUGUAUCAUAUCAAGAGAUGCAACACCAUACAUUUAUGAGCAUAAAAACAAUGGUGUUGUUAUAGUCCCUGGUGCUUUCUAUGUGGAAUUAGGACUAGCAUCUGCCAUGGCAAGUUUAAGACCAAAGCUGCCUCUAAGUUCUAUGCAGCUCAGCAUUAGUUUCCUUAACCCUUGUACUGUAAGUCAAAACUCAACAGAGCUACAUGUUCUUCUGGAUCAACAUAAAAACCAGACCACAUUUAAAAUUAGGUCUCAAGUGGCAAGUUAUGCAUCUGGCAAAAUCCAACAUUACAUUGAAAGCAAAACUGAAGAAAAUAAUAUACUGCUGGGCCACAUCUACAAAAGAUGUAUGUCAGUAAUGCAGUCUGAAAAAGUUUAUGAAGAGCUGUCUAACAUAGGGUUCCAAUAUGGGUCAGUUUUCAGACUUCUUGGUGAUGUGCAUUUUGGGGAAGAGAUUAAGGAAGCUGUUGCAAGAAUUAAGAUCCCACAAGAAAUAGUUGCAGAUAUGCAUGAGUACUGCAUUCAUCCAGUAGUUUUAGAUAAUUACUUACAGUUGACAGCUAUUGUUGCAGCAAGUGGCUUUAAAUCAAGACCUGGGUUUCCUUCUGCUGUUGGCAGUUUGAUUGUAUCUCAACCACUGCAAGAAGAAAUGUUCAUGUACUUAAGAACAACCAAAGUGGCACCUGAUUACAUUGAAGUGUGUGGAGGGUUCACUGAUAAAGAAGGAUUUCUUUUAGUUGAACUGAAACAUGUACGGAUUACAUUUUUAAGAAGCAGAUCCUCAGUUACAAAGGAGCUCUUCUUCCAAAAUGAGUGGGAAGAAGUCACUGAUGUAAUAAAUUCAGGCACAGGACCCAAAGCCUUUGUGUUUGCAGAUGAGACAGGUGUGGCCAAAUACCUUCAACAGCACUUGCAUCCCAAGUCCACAUUUAUUCCAUACAAAGAUUCAGAAAAGUUUUUAACAACUGUGCCAUCCCAAGACAGUGACUAUAAUGAGGUGUUGUUCUUGUGGGGAUUUCAAAACCUCAGUGAGCUAAGUACAGAGAAAGUGUUGCAGAACCUUGUGAACUGUUGUGAAGUUUAUCGACAGGUUGUCAGCGACUUGAAGGAAAAGAAAUCCAAAUGUCCCAUCAGAACCAUCACAUACAGAACAACAGAGAAGGCAGUGGAUCACAUUAAUCCAGGAUUUGCAUUGUGUGGAAUGACCAGGGCAUGUGCUGCAGAAAUUCCAGAUCUCUCCUUUCAAUUGAUUGAUAUUCAUUCUGUAAGCAAUGAAGACAUCUCAGCACUGGCCCAAGUGAUUACCUCAUACAAAACAUCAAAAUACCCAGAGGUCAUGAUAAGCAAGGGUCAGAUUUACACAUCUGGCAUUAUACACACACCUGUUAAAAGUUCAGGCAGCAGCCAACAAAGGAUGUUACAUUCCAGUUCUGAAAGUUUUGUUCUCCAAACAUUAGAUCCAUACAGAAUGGCAGAUCUACAUGCAAACACUACCAGUGAUCACGAAAAACACCUUAAGAAGCAAACUGUAGAGGUUCAGCUCAAUAAGAUAUGUGUCCAUUCAUCUGAUUACUUUCCUGUCAGCCUGUCCGAUUGGAACUUUGGUCAAACCCUGUACUGGAAUAAACAUGCAACUCAUGAACACAAACUUUUAGCUCUAGACUUCAGUGGUACAGUUACAGCAGUGGGAAGUGAUGUGAAAAAGUUAAAGGUAGGGGAUCCCAUAGCUUCAUGCUACCCAGUUGUUGCAUCUUCUAAGGUUGUGCUUCCUGAGGCAGCCUGUUAUGACAGUAGAAAGCUUCCCUUCCUAAUGGAAACUCCUUGUGUAUCCUACUUUAUACUGGCAUGGGAAAUACUAUAUCAUGCAUUACCCAAAUCAAAACAACGGAGAAGGUUAGGUGUCAUAUCCUCUGAACCGGAGUCAAGCUUGCUGAAAGUUUUAGCACUUGCAGCAAAAAAGUCAGGAUGGGAUGCCAUAGUUGGAACAGAAUUCAGUGGUCUACUGCAGAGUGUAAAUAAGUGUGAGGCUUUAGUUCUUUUGCCUCCAUUUGACACACCUUUAGUGGUAAAAGUCUGCCGUGUUUCCAAUGCUAAGCACAUAGUUGUAGUGUGUGAUAACCAUCUGUUCCUCUCUGUUUCUCAAAGUCUGCUGAGAAGUGAAAAUGAAGAAGUUCACAUUCAUAUCCUUCAAAUAGCCAAUGUGUUCCAGAAAGCCGAUCUCAUGAAAUACAAAAAAGACAUCUAUAAAUGGAUGAAGUCGAUGCAUUUUGAAAACAAAUCCUUGACUCUAACAAGAAACAUCUUCCAAAAACAAAUAAUGGGCAGCAGUGAGCACAUGCAUACUGAGAAGCCAGAAUCCUAUUUCUUAUCAAAGUCCAUCUCGCUGGUUGUGCUAGAUCAUGUAUCAAAGAAUAGCAUUUCUGAUAUUCCUGUUCAUCAGAAUCAAAAACAGCUUUUCCAAGGAAGCUCUGUUUAUAUAGUGACUGGAGGACUUUCAGGUCUGGGAUUUGAGACAGUGAAGUUCAUUGCUCAGCGCGGAGGUGGCUGCAUUGUCAUUCUUUCCAGAAGUGCUCCAUCUCCUGAGAGGCAACAGGAGAUUACAAACUUACAGAAUCAGUAUGGGGUUAUGAUGACAAGUGUCCAGUGUGAUAUUUCCAUCCUCAAGGAUGUUGAGAAGGCAAUCAGUUUUAUUGGUCAUUUUUUUCCUGGUUGUCCAAUUAAAGGAGUAUUUCACAGUGCUGUUGUCUUACAUGACGGCUUAAUCCACACUUUAAACAGAUCCCACUUUGACAAAGUUCUGAGACCUAAGGUUGCAGGAGCCUUGAAUCUUCACUAUGCAACAAAGCAUUGUCACCUAGACUAUUUUGUGUGUUAUUCCUCUAUUGCUUCAUUCAUCGGAAAUUCCGCCCAAACAAACUAUGCUGCUGCAAAUUCAUUUCUGGAUGUCUUUUGCCAUUACCGGAGGAACUGUGGACUUUCUGGACAGUCCAUCAAUUGGGGUGCUUUAAACUUGGGUCUCUUGCUAAACAAGGACAAUCUGCAGCUUUUUCUUGAGGCUAUGGGAAUCAUGACCAUGGACCUACGAGAGAUUCACGAAGGGCUUGAAAGCUGCUUAUUGCAGAAUAACCCACAGCAAGCUGUGUGCAAGCUCAGCUUCAACAAUUUAAAUAACCAUGUCCUUUCUCAGAACACCUCUCUCAGAAUGCGUUUCUAUACUGUGGUUACAGAAGAACUCAAAAACACAAAUGCAAUCGAACCACAGUUUCUGCAGAGUACUUCGCUCUUCAAACUUGAGGAUUAUGUUAGGUCACUGCUUUCUGAAGUAAGCAACGCUGAUCCAGAUGAGCUGACAAAAGAUGCAUCUCUCUCUGCUUUUGGGAUUGACUCGAUGCUGGCAAUGACCCUGCAAAAUCGCAUCUUUCAGGAAAGACAUGUGAAUGUACCACUUGUUAAAUUACUUGAUCCGAACACAACAGUCUCUACUUUAGUGUCGCUUCUCCAGGAAAACUGCCAUGCAAGUCCCCAGUAUGAUGAACAGGACUUGUCAAUCCGUACCACUGUGGACGAAUACAGUCAAGAGACAAAGUUUUAACAGUUAUUUAUUUUUGUAUUGAUCAACUAUAAACAAACUAAAGAAUGAUAGACAGUGUAAUUAUUGCAAUAGAAUCAUGCUGACUUAUAUCUUUAAAAGAAUGAUCUUCUUUAUAAUCUAAAUUACACUACGCAAUUUCUUAAUUUAUUUACAGUACAACCAUUAAUUAAACUACAUUAGAAAUAUAGCCUACAUCUUAGUCUGUAUUUGGUAUUUACUGUUUUCUUUCCAGAAAGAAAUAAUAUAAUUACCUUUAAUUCCUCCAGGAUCACUACCACGCAGGAUUCAAGAGAAUAUUUGUUUUCUUGUAAAACAUUCUGGCUUUAAAAUGUUAAAGGCCCAAAACAUGAUAAAAACAAUUGCGUGAAUCUUUGCUCAUCAAUGCAUUCUAAAACAUUGUGGUUUGAUAAAUGUACUAUAUAUUGCAAUGAGGAAGUUGUUGGAUCAUGUAUAUUUCUACAUUAAUAGAAAUUAAAGUAGUAACAUAUUAUCUUAUAACACUUUUGCUCGCUGUCCUCUGAUUUUAAUAUUUA